GGACAGUGACGUCAUGACCGAGGACCACAGCGUGGUUUACAUAACAACAGUUUAGAAAAAAAACAAACACGCUUUUUAGUUUAAAGUGGUUUUAAGUAUAUUUCUACGAGAAUUCAGUUGACAUCACUGUGACUUGAAGCUCUGAUUUUAUCUUCCGGUCUGUAGUCUUUGGGCUCAUCCUUAAACACGUGGUCCGCUUGACGUCAUAAGCGGAAAUAAACAAACGAAGUAGUCAGAAAUAGCUGCGGAGACGCUAUUCUGCGCCAAAAUGUCGAUUUCCAACCCGAGACAGGUGUUCCACAACCCGUCGAUUCCCUUUGCUGGGACAAUCCUGGGUGGGUUCCUGCCGGGUGAGAUGGUUCUGAUCCAGGGCUCUGUGCCGUCUGGUGCUGACAGGUUCCAGGUGGACUUCACCUGCGGCAGCAGUGUGAAGCCGCGGGCCGACGUAGCAUUCCAUUUCAACCCGAGGAUCAAAAAGUCAUGCAUCGUGUGCAACACGCUGACGAAGGAGUGCUGGGGCCGCGAGCAGAUCCACUACGAGAUGCCCUUCAGGCUCGAGGUCGACUUUGAGCUCAUCAUCCUCAUCCUCAAAGACCAGUUCAAGGUGGCGGUGAACGGCGCCCACCUGCUGGAGUACAAACACAGAGUGGAGCUGGAGCGUGUUGACACCAUCAGCAUCUCAGGAAAAGUCAAAGUUCAGGCUGUGGGCAUCCUUUCCCCAAGCUCAAGCCCCACCUCUCCCGCUGGCAGUCUGACCAAUCAGGACACAGAGAUGAGCAUGAGAACAGAUGCACAAACUCAGCCGGUGUUCUCCUCAUCAGGUGAUUUGAGUAUCCCGUUCAGAGGUCAGCUGGUUAAUGGGCUGAGCGUUGGACGCAGCAUCAUCAUCAAAGGAGAAACCAAUCAGAACGCAGAGAGUUUCUGCGUGAACCUGCGGCCAGCGACUGGGUCCGACAUCGCUCUCCACCUGAACCCUCGCUUGAAGAAGCGCGUCUUUGUCAGGAACUCCUUUCUGUCCGACUGCUGGGGUCAUGAGGAGACAGUGCUCGCCUCCUUCCCCUUUACUGCAGGGCAAUACUUUGAGAUGAUCAUCCGCUGCGACUCGCAGCACUUCAGAGUUGCCAUGAAUGGGCAGCACCAGCUCGAUUACAAACACCGCAUGAAGGAGCUGAGCGCCAUCAACCAGGUGGAGGUGAAAGGAGAUGUGACGCUGCUCGCCGUGAGGGUCCUCUGAGCACCUCCUCGCCAUCAUGAACACCAAGCCAUAGAAAAAAAUAAAAUCACUGACGCCUCCUCCGUAACCAUUUAACAGAUUCUAACUUUAUUUCCUUUUACUAAAAAAACCCAUCUGUCUUGUCGAGUGUUUUCAAAAUAAAAGUCUGUCAUUGCUCACA